AUGACUCUGGCAAAGCUUCGCUUUCUGAUGAAGACUUCUAGCAGCCUAAAAACCGAAAAGCUGGCGCGCGUCUAUCGCGCCCAUGACACCAGACCGUAUCCAACCUACCUAGGCGGCCAAACCGUCACCGUGGAUAUCGCGUCUCUCCUAAAAGCUCCCGACUCAGAUGAGUCCUCCACCGCUCCGCCUCAGCAUACCCGAUCUUCGUCAGACCCGUCCGCAACCGCAACCACGGCGGCCACAGCGCCUGUCAGCGGGCUACCUCCGUAUGGCCCGCCUCCCGUAGCACCGGGCCUGGCUGUGAGCGGCAAGCGUGCCAUGCCACCGCACGUAGCGGAGUCUCCGGCCAAGAAGCAGAGCAAGUGGUCGCCGGAGGAAGAUGCCUUGAUCAUCGAACUUCGGGGGAGCGGGAUGAAGUGGGAGGACAUUUCAAAACGUCUACCGGGAAGAAGUGCCAUCAGUUGUCGACUUCACUACCAGAACUACCUCGAGAGGCGGAGCGAGUGGGACGAGGAGCGCAAGAACAAGCUUGCACGGUUGUACGAGAGGUUCAAACCGGAGAUGUGGGCAAAGGUUGCGGAGGAGAUGGCCGUUCCUUGGCGAGCCGCAGAGGCCAUGCACUGGCAGCUUGGCGAAGCGGACAUGGCUCGACGGGCCGGCGUUGUGCCCUUUUCUUUGACAGCAGUCAACGUCGACCAGCCUGGCGGUGGCCACCGGCACUCUCCUUCUCGGGGGCACAUGCAUACCCAGUCCCAGCCUAGUCUACCCCGGGACAUCGGCGGACCUUCCCCUCGAUACAGCCGACCACCACCACCCGGUAUAUCACCGAUCCCCGGCGGACGAGUCAUCGCCGCUCGACGCGAGAGCGUUCCCGGCAGGCCGUUGAUGGGCCCGGACCCGAAUGAGAUGGCGACUAUGGGGCCGGGAGGCCCUGGUUUGGCUCCGAUCCAGGGGCUUCCGCCAGGCCGAGGCGGAGGCAUGCUUCCAGGCGUUGCCGAACUGACUACCGGUGUCAGCCCCUACAGCACCCCAGCAUAUGCGAUGGGCGGCAUGCCUACGGCAAGCCCCGUGCCAAGCGCGAGGGCGAGCCCGGGACCGUUGCUUCCAGCCCUCCACUACCCACCGCCCCACGAGCAAGCCAGUGCGAAGCGACGAGCCAGUCCAGGCACAGAGAUGAUGGGCUCAAGGGAAACGAGCCGACGACGGCACAUGGAUCCCCGCCAGGAGGAGAUGGAUCGGCGACGCGUGGCGUGA